GAAGUAUUGAAUGAAUGCAAAUUUGGAUUAAAAUCAUAACAUUAUCUUCCGUAAAACAUGUUUUGUAGAAACCGGAAGUUUUUCAAAUAAUGUCGAUGGGGGCGCUGCGAUUUGUUUUGGUUAUGAUUUGUUUGGACUUGUUAGAUUUUUAGGCGGAAGAGAUGAAUUAAAUCAAUUGACACAUCAACGAUAUUUUGUAUUGUGCAUUGUGGAAGUAAUAGUGCAUUGCAAGGAAAGGGAAUCAGUUAUGUGAACUAAAGAAGAGUUAGCAGAAAUAAAUGAAUGUGCAAUUAAUAUUGCACUGAAUUUAGAACUGGCCUUUUCUUAGUACAAAUCAAAGCUUUCCUUUUUUUUGCAACCGGCUGCUUGAUUGAAGCGGUUAUUAGUUUGUUGACAUUAGUUUCAAUUGUUCUACAAGCCAGUAGAUCUAAUUCAGAACAAGAUGUCUACUGGAACAAGUGAGGAUUAUUAUGAGGUACGGGACCAUUAUGUUCCAGUUGAUCCAAGAACAGUUGAUCAGCUCAAUUCCAAUUUACGGGACACAAAACAAAAUUUAAGAAGUUUGGAUAAAAUGCUGGGAACUUACAGAGACCUUAGUGAAGAACGUCAGUCAGCAGUCAAUAGACUAAGAGAUGAAUUGGAUCACACUCAUGAACAGAUACAGGAUGAAAUGUAUAGAAAUUCUUCACUUCGUGAUCGAGACUACCUGAGUGAUUCAGAGAACUCGCGCAGUCGGAGUAGAAAGCGUAAAUCUCAGGUGAAAUUUGCAGAUGAUAUGCAUCGAGAAUUACAUGGGAUACAUGGCACUGUUCGAGAUUUAUCUGCAGAACAGAUGAAAAUCGAAGAAACUUUCAAAAGAGAAAUGGAAAGAAGAGAGAGGCAUGACCGAGAAACCAGAAAAGCCUUGAGAGACUUGAAUGACAAUGUUCGAAAUCUGUCUCCUGAUCCCUUAGCCACUAGAGUAGAGAAAAGACUUCAAGCGAUACAGACUGACUUAAAGGCUGAUAAUGGUCUACAUAAUAUAUCAACAGAGCUUAAACAAGCUUUGCAUCGGCAUCCAAGUCGUGAAGAUCUUAUAAGACAUGAAUACCUGGCUUCAGAAACUUUUAAACAUAAACUAGACUUGAAUUUAGAACAUGUGAAAAAAAGACUGGAUGAAAGUGAAGGAAGUAGACGGGUUCUACAACAACAAGUGGAUGAUCUACGAAAUCACCUGUCAAAAGCCGAAGCCGAAAGACAAAGAUCCAAAAUACAGAUGGAUCAAUCUCGCAUGGAAGAAGAAUUUAGACAGCGUCAGUUACGAAAUGAAUAUGCCCCAGAGCGUAAAUCUUUAGAAAGAGAAAUACACGAAUUAAGAACGCAACUAACAAGAUCUGUAAGUGCAGUGACAGAAGUUGAGGAUUUACGACGUACCAAUGAGAAAAGUGAAAAACAACGAGCACAAUUAUCUGAUCAUAUAGAGACUCUAGUUAAAGAUUUAGAAAAUCGUGAUAAAACUAAUGCUAAACUUAUUACGGAACUUAAAGAAAUGACGGAUAAAUAUAGCGAUAGUGAAAGGCAAAAAAAUUCAUUUAGUGCUCAGUUAGAGGACGUUACUCAAAAAUUUCGAGAAACGAGCCAACAAUAUCAGCAAGCUAGUAAUGAAUUACGGGACACUCAGUCAUCUUUACAGACUACGGAGAAAAAGAAGGAUGAAUUCAAGGGAAGAGCGCAGGAGACGGUCAGGCAGUGGAAAGUGAAAGUAAAACAACUGGAGAAUGAGCUUGAUCGACAAAAACACAGUGGGAAGGAAAUGUUGAAGAGAAAUGAACAGCUGAUUAAAGAAAUGGAAGGCUUGCGUCACGGUACAAAUCAUUCCUUGAUGCAUGUGGAUGCCAUAAAACGGGAGUUGGCCGAAGCCCUAGCUGUGAGAGCGACCCAAGAUGAACAACUGCGGAUUAAGGAUAUUGAAGUCAGUGAUUUGAAAUCUUACAAGUUGGAUUUAGAAGGAGAAGUAAGAGAUGCUAGAUCAAUGGCAGAAAGGAUGGAAAGUGAAUUGCAACAUUGCCAGACCCAGUUGAUGAGAGUUACCCAAGAUCGUGCUAUAUUAGAAAGUCGUUUAGCAGCUGCAGAAUCAUCACAGAUGACAUCACAGGACCACGCUUCACAGCUUCAGAGCGAACAACAAAAGUUAAGCUCAGCGAAGUCCGAGUUAAUGACGCAGUUAAUGGAAGCUAAUGGCAAUGUAAAUGGUUUAAAAAAGAAGGUGGCAGAAUUGCAACGCAGCGAAAGAGGAGCUCGCGAAGACCUAGAGUCAUGUAAGAGGCAGUUAGCCGAAGAAAGAGGAGGCCAUCAUAAUGGGGUGGAGUCUUUAAAAGAAGAGCUGAAUCAUCUUAAAAACAGAGAGGUUCAAACACGACUCGAGGUGACCAGAAGAUUCAAACACGGUUUAGCUGAAUACGAAGCUAUGGUUAACGCUCUGAAAGUUGACCUAACAGAAGAAAGAUCUGCCCGGAAAAUAUCCCGGAAAAAUGAAGACUCUUUGUUGAUGAAAGUAGAUGAAUUGGAGAGUCGACUGAAAGAAUCCCAGGACGAGAACAUAGCAUUACUGACCCAGAUUGAUCAUUUGCGUUCUGAUAAAGAAUCCAAAGCUAACUUCCUACAUCAAGAUGACGUGAACCGUGUCAAGAAACUAGAAGACAGUCUCGAAGAUGCACAAUCGGAAUUACUACGAUUAGAGAAAAACCAACGUGCAGUCAUCGCAGAAAUUGCCCGUGAAAUAGAUGAGCUUUUGAUAGCUGCUUCUUUCUGUCCUUCCUCUAUCUAUCAGCCUUUAAAUGGUAAAACCGGUAUUUUUGGUAGUGUUAGUCAUUUGAUAGCGGAUGUGAAAAAUAAAUUAAAAUGGUUAAAAUCUGAAAUUGAAGUGCGAAUCAAUAGAGAGUCAAAGUGGCAAAAGGCUCUCCAUGAAGUGUUAAAUGGAACUGAGAAAGACAGAAGUUAUUUGUUAAAAGAACUUAUUAAACAAGAAGGUCAGUUAGAGGAUGUAUUAGCCGCCAAAGAGGAUCUUGUGUUAACUCUUAAACAAUGUAAAGCCAGUUAAAAGUGACUUCAUAUUAAUAGACUUAAAGGACAAUAUUGGUGUCAGUCAUUAUCACAUGAUGUGAUAGAACUGGAUAAACACGUUCCAAAUAUAAUUAAUUUUAACACAGAGAUCAUUGCUACGAUAGAUGUGUUAUGAAGCUUUCAAGAAAGGGAAGUGAUGAACGCAAAAGGAAAACACAGUCUCAUAUAACAACUUUGGUCUUGAAAGAAUCAUUAGUGAGCAGAAAUUCACCCGUGAAUCUGUUAUCACUCGUCACUUCAGUUAGUUAUAUACAUUGUAGAAGGAUAACUCGUGUUUUCCUUUUGCAUUCGUCACUUCCCUUUCUUGAAAGCUUCAUAACACAUCUAUCAUUGCAAUGGUCUCUGUGUUAAAAUUAUAUUUGGAACGUGUCUAACAAGUUCUAUAACAUAUGUGAUAAUGACUGACACCAAUAUUGUCCUUUAAUUUGUGCCUUACUGUGAUAUUCAAAACUUUUCUGUUCCAUCUUUUAAAACUUUUUCUUUUCUCUUUGAUAAGGUAUUUUACAUAUUACUCUAUAUGUAGGAUCUUAUUUAUAGUAUUUUUCUGUGAUAUUCAUUUGUUUUAUUUUAUAAAUAUUUUUUAAAAAAACGAAACAACAAAAACAAGAAUGAAAAUCAUUAUCACUUGUUGAAGAAUUGCUAAAAAAAUCAAAAACUUUUUAUAGUGCACUUAUUAAGUUUUCUUUUUUCUUGUAUAAAUUUGAUUUUUGUUAUGAUUAUAUAUUUUUUUAUUGCAUUUAAUUGUAUAAUUGUACAUAGCAUGUAUAAAAAAAAAGAUAGGACGAUUACAUGUAUAGCUAGACAUUUUUUAGGUUUUUUAAAAGAUCUUUGUUGAUUUUGACUUAAUCGGGUAUGUAAUUUAAUCAAUGUUAGUUAGUCGACCUUUAACCUUGAUUCAUUACAAUGGUUAUCUGUUUGUUAUUGAUUAUAUAGAAUUACUUAGUUGAUAUAGAAUGUUUACAAGGGAGAUAACAAACCUCUAGUCGACCAACCACUUCGAUCAUGUCAAUUCCCUUUAUUUGUGUGCAUUGUACUUAACUCCAGAUAUGACCUUAAUCUCCCUAUACACAAAAACCCAUUAUUAGGGAAUUAAGUAUUAAUUUAUCAAAGUCAUAUAACCGAGCCCACUCCCUUUCAAUCUACAUGUAUUAAAGUAGUGGUAACCAUGAAAAUAAUAGAGUUGAUUUCUAUUGUUAAGAUUAAAUGAAUAAUGUGAAUACCCUGACGAAGGAUUUACUUCUUUAGUAUUUUUUAUUACUUUAUACCAAAUAUGUGUGCUUGAAUAAUCAAUUUUAUUAUAGUUAUCAAAUUUUUCUAAAUCAGAUGUUUAUUAAUCAAAUUUUAAUCAAGGUCAUUUGAAUUACAUGUAUUAAAGAAUAAAAAAGGCAACAGAAUUAAUCUCAAUUUUACUUUUAAGUUUCAUAAUUGUUAGCUAUCCAGUUUAGUUAAAGAUACAUUAUGGGAGAUAAGAUAAAGAGAUGGCCGUUCUCGCUAUUAUAGUUAAAAACUAGAUAGUGUAAAGGUAAUUUGGUGAAAAUUUCAGUCAAAUUGAUCCACUAUGAGCCGAGAAAGAAGCGGGUGAAAUUUUUGCAUAGUCUCGGUCAUCUUUACUAAAAUCAUUAAUAUAAACAGCAUAGUCUCUAUUAUCCACUUUUUCUGAUUUAAUUAUCAAUGGCCGUUAGCGGCAUAUAGGAAUCUAAUCCAGCCAACAUCGAAGGCUAGCCUUGACAUCGAGAGUUUAUUAUGGUGUGGAUAAGUUAAAGAUACAUCGGCUCACAAUCCACUUAAGAUCGCAGGCUAGUGAUGCCAUCUAGAGUUGAUUAUGAUCUGGAUAAGUUAAUUAAUGUCUAAUUAAUAAUUUAGAUAACAUUUCAGGCCUAAAGAAAGACAUGCAAUAGACAGAUUUACCUCUUGCAUAAUGUAUGUUUAAUUAAUGUCUUAUUGAUAAUUUAGAUAACAUUUCAGACCUAAAGAAAGACUUGUAAUAAGCAGAUUUUGCUCUUGCAUAAUGCAUGUUUAAGUUACAAAUAUACAAUUUUACUAUAGUUAUCAAAUUUUUCUAAAUCAAAUGUGGAUUGUGGAAAUUUUAAUCAAUGUCGUUCGAAAAUCUCAGCCUACGAUUACAUGUAUUAAAGAAUAAAAAAAAUAGAAAUAACUGAAUUAAUCUCAAUUUUACUUUAAAGAUACAUUAUGAGAGAUUAGAUAAAGAGCUGGCAGUUCUCACUAUAAUAGUUAAAAACUACAAUGUAGAUAAUGUAAAGGCAAUUUGCUGAAAAUUUCAGUCAAAUUGAUCCACUCUGAACCAAGAUUUUAGCGAUUGAUUUUCGGUCUAGCCUCGAUCAUCAUUACUAAAGUUAGUAGGAUAAAAAACAUAGUCUCGAUUAUCCAUUUAAUGAUUAAAUUAUGAAUGGAAAUCGAACAGGAAAUCGGAACCUAAUCCAGUAAAUAUCGCAGGCUAGCGAUGAGAUCGAGAUUUGAUUAUGGUCUGGAUAAGUUAAUUAAUGUCUAAUUAAUAAUUUAGAUAACAUUUCAGGCCUAAAGAAAGACCUGCAAUAGGUAGAUUCAGCUCUUGCAUAAUGUAUGUUUAAGUUUAAUGAUUGAUAGUUAUCCAGUUUAGUUACAAAUUUCUAGUGAUUUCCUUGCAAAACUCGAAUGAUUUCUUAGUAUUCCCAAAUUUCAGAAUUAAUUUGAACCAAAAUUUUAAUAAUUGUAAUGCUAGGUUUCCACUGUUAUGUGAUGCGUGCAGAUACGUUUCGAUACGAUCAACACGAUUGCUACGACUGACAUCAAUAUAUGAUAAGACCUGAUAGUAUCACCACGAUUACUCUAUGAUUAAAACCACGAUUUCAAUCGUAGCAUGAAUCGUGAUAGUGGGAACCUAACAUUAACUUCAUGUAUGCAGUUAUGAUACAAGUAUAUAUGUGACAAUCAAUGUCUACAAUCAGGCAAUGUGUACAAUGCCUGAAAUAUACCAGUCAAUGUGUAAAUUGCCGGGUUAGGGUUAGGUUUAGGGCUAGGGUAAGGGUUGGGGUUAGGGUUACAAAGGCAUUGUAUCCAUUGCUUGAUUGUAGACAUUGACUGUAACAUAUAUUUAGGAAAAUCAUUAUCAUCUAAUUGUAUUUAAUGUGCACCGGAAAUCCACACAAAAAAACAUUUAUUCAUAUGACAGUAUAAUAGCAUAGUCCUCGCAGUGUUUCGUUUGAUUAGAGCUAAUCCCACUUAACACUGCUGUAAUGGAAGCAAAUUUCUGUUCCAAAUUAUGACUGGUCAAUAGUCCGAUUAACAACCAAUAGCUCUCUGCAUAACAAUAUCAUUAUGUUUUAAACAGAGCUCCAAAUUGGACCAAAUUUGUUUACAUAACGUUACGUCAUGACUCACAAUUUUAUUACACCCAAUUAACAAGUGCAUAGCAGAAUAUUGCAGAAAGUUAAUUGUGUGACAAACGAGGCUAUCAAAACAGAUACAAUGUAAACAAUACUGUUUGGAAACGAACAAUACUUUCACCGUUUUUAAUACUGUCCAAAGUUUUAGGGAAGACCCCAGAUCAAACGAAGGGCUGUCAUGUUGUUGUACAUGGGAUAGAUUUGAUUGAACGGGAAGAAUAGACAUACUCCCUCAAAAGCUCAAGUAUCAGAAGCUAAUCCAGCAAUGGUCAGAGAGGGAUUUCUCGGGACAUUGCUUCAGGAAUAUGUAUAAUAGUUUGUGGCACACAGUGUGCUUGCCAUUAAAAAGCAAUCAAGAUAUUAUCAAUUAAAAAUAUUGUGAAUAUAGCCGUGGAUAUCGAUUCCUGAUAUUGAAUUAGCUUUAAACAUUGCUGAAUUGGAAUAAGAAAAUGUUUAUAAACAAAUAUUGGCAUUGCAUAUUGAAAAUAAAUUGAUCUAGAAAUUUCA